AUGUCCGAUGUAGAAAAUCGUAUCGUCCUCAACAUUGGCGGAAUAAGACACGAAACAUACAAAGCCACGUUGAAAAAAAUUCCAGCCACCAGGUUAUCACGUCUAACUGAAGCACUCGUUAAUUACGACCCGGUGUUGAACGAGUAUUUUUUCGAUCGUCAUCCCGGAGUUUUUGCUCAAGUUUUGAAUUAUUAUAGAACAGGAAAGUUGCAUUAUCCCACAGAUGUCUGCGGUCCUUUGUUUGAGGAGGAGUUGGAAUUCUGGGGCCUUGAUGCUAACCAGGUGGAGCCAUGCUGCUGGAUGACGUACACAACGCACAGGGAUACCAGGGAAACUCUACAAAUACUCGACAGGUUGUUAGAUUUAGACAGCGACAAACCGACUGACGAAGAAAUUAUGAAAAAGUUUGGCCAAGAAGAAAACUUUAGAACUGGUCAAUUGAAUUGCUGGCAGAAAAUAAAGCCAAAAAUGUGGUUACUCUUUGAAGAGCCUAAUUCUUCUCUGGCCGCAAAGAUAGUGUCAUUCAUAUCCGUGUUCUUUGUUGUCAUGUCCAUCCUCUCGUUCUGCCUGAAGACACACCACGACUUUCGUACCUCAACCCUUCACAAUGAAACAAUUUUUGACCAGUCAGAUAAUUCAACAAAAACUCUAUCAAGCAGUCCUUCAUCGAAACCACACAAAGUUUUUUUCUACAUUGAAAGCGUAUGCAAUGCUUGGUUUGCUUUUGAAAUUUCUAUAAGAUAUAUCUUCAGCCCUACAAAGUUGGGUUUCAUCUGCAAGCCAGUCAACAUUAUUGACAUUGUGGCAACACUAUCGUUUGUAUUGGAUAGUAUAUUAAACCAAGUCAAUCACGACAAUGAUGUUUUAGAAUUUUUCAGUAUCAUUCGUAUAAUGCGCCUUUUCAAAUUAACGCGACAUUCUCCGGGUCUCAAAAUACUCAUUCACACAUUCAGGGCAAGUGCUCACGAGCUCAGUCUACUUGUAUUCUUUCUUAUCUUAGGCAUUGUUAUAUUCGCAUCACUAAUUUUCUACGCGGAACGCACUCAAGCUAAUCCAAGUAAUGAUUUUACUUCUAUACCCGUUGGUCUUUGGUGGGCAAUUGUCACAAUGACAACAGUAGGCUAUGGAGACAUGGUUCCCAAAACUUAUGUUGGUAUGUUCAUUGGCUCAAUUUGUGCUCUAACAGGUGUCUUAACGAUUGCCUUACCUGUCCCUGUUAUUGUCAGUAAUUUUGCCAUGUUCUACUCACACACACAAGCUAGAGCUAAGUUACCAAAAACAAGACAAAGGGUUUUACCAGUAGAAGCUGUCAGACCCAAAUGUGGAGGAAGUGGCCUAAAUGCCGGAAAUGUGGCAAAUUGGAAAAAAGAUGGACUAAUGCCUCAUCAUCAACCAGGAUUGUUAGUCAUGCAAAGAAGGCAUGCCAUAAGUGCAGAAACAUCCAAAACAUCGAGUGGAGGUCAGUUGAAUCAAUAA